CUAACGUUUCCUCGCUAUGUGUAACGACGUUAGUUCGUUGAGUUGGCUAACCGACGUUAGCAGUAAACUAGUGGCAUGGGCGUUUUUGGUUUGUCGGGUCGAACACGAAAGCUUCAGUGCUCGCUAGUUACUGAUUAGCUAGUUGACUUGUUGGCUAUCAAGCUUAGUCAGCUAGCGCUAACAACUCAACGUUGUACAGCCAGUUAUCGACACUUAGUUAGCUGGUUAGCUAGCAGCUGUUAAAGUUAGCCUCGUAGUCGCCAUGAGGUGAAGCCGUGAGAAGCGGAAGCCCACCAAGACUUGAAAGCUUGGUUGCUUUCCACUCGAGUAUUAGCCAGUUGGCUAGCGUUUUGGCCAUGUGGCUGGCUAGUGGAAUUGGAUAUCUUCGACGGGGCCUGGCUUUAGGCUUGUUUGUGGGCUAGUCCAAACGGGGUUUUACGUAACGUGUGCAAGAUUAAGGAGUAGCUGACGAUAGCAAGGUUAACAGUUUGCAGUUGAACAGAGAUGUAGUUGGCAUACUUAACUGUGUUGGGCAUCUUCUCUCUCUCAUUUGAUGUUCAAUUCAGUGUAGAUCUACCUAUCAUUGGCUGUGUGAUUAAAUGAUCUCGCUUCACAAUUUAGGUUAACUAAACACCACCAAGGCUAUUAGGAUAUAGAAAGCGUUGGAUCAUGUUCUGAGGUGUUAUUCCUUUGUAAAUACUGUUAUUUGUAUAUACUGUAAAUGAUGACGUCCAUGGGCGGGAACCGAGCCCGGGGCAACUGGGAGCAGACACAGGGCCAGACACAGAGCCAGACACAGCACAAGCAAAGGCCUCAGGCUACCGCAGAGCAGAUCAGACUCGCGCAGAUGAUUUCAGACCACAAUGAUGCAGACUUUGAAGAGAAGGUCAAACAGCUGAUCGAUAUCACAGGCAAGGACCAGGAUGAGUCUAUGAUCGCACUGCACGAUUGCAACGGGGAUGUCAACAGAGCCAUUAACGUGUUGCUGGAGGGUAGCCCAGACACUGACUCAUGGGAAAUGGUGGGGAAGAAGAAAGGAGUGUCAGGCCAGAAGGAGACUAGCCAAGCAGAGACUGGAGAGGAAGGAAAAGAGAACAGGGAGAAGGGAGGAGAGAAAGAUGUAGCACGUCGCCGGGGUGGAGCUCCACGCAAGGGUCGUGGAGCCAGCAGGGGACGAGAGUUUCGAGGACAGGAGAAUGGCUUGGAUGGCAGCAAGGCUGGAGUAGCUGGAAGAGGUGCAGAGCGAGGCCGAAGGGGAAGAGGCAGAGGAAGAGGGACUGUCGGAGUAUCUGGACGGCGAGGAGGCAGAUUUUCAGCGCAGGGCAUGGGCCAGAUUGAUAAGGGGCCCAGAUAUGAUAUUGCAGGAGGUGAGAGAACAUUCAACCCUGCUGACUAUGCGGAGCCAGCCCAGACAGAAGAAAACUAUGGAGGGGGCAGCACCUGGAACAACACGGGAAGCAUGGAGCUAGAGGAGGGAGCUAGGUUGGAAUACUCUGCAGGAGAGGGAACAAAUUACCCACCCAAGUUUGACUCUGCUCCUGGUGCCUGGAGGACUGCCACAGAGGAGUGGGGCACUGAGGACUGGAAUGAGGAUCUUUCAGAGACCAAGAUAUUCACAGCUUCCAGUGUGGCGUCCAUGCCUUUGCCUCAAGAGAAUGUUACCAUCACCAAGGGACAGAGGAUUGACCUUGCGGUGCUCCUGGGGAAGACUCCCCCAUCCUCCUCCUCAGAGACAGAAAACCCCCCCAUGGAGGCCACCCAGCCUCCCUCCUUGUCCCAGUCACUGGUUUUCAGCAAUUCCAAGCAAGGGGUUCCGCUCUCCCAAACAUCCUCCAGCACCCCUUAUACCCAGCACAGCAUGGUCAGCAUGCUGAGCAAGGGUUUCGGGGAUGUGGGGGACCCUAAAGGAGGUAGCACAGGGACCACUGGCUCUCAGUUCCUGGAGCAGUAUAAAACAGCCCAGGCACUGGCCCAGCUGGCAGUCCAGCAAUCCCAGACAGGACCUCCCAACACAACACCUUCAUCCUGGGAUACCAGUGCCACCUCACUUGGACAAUAUGAUAUGAAGACUCAGCCGGAGCCUGCGGUCCAUACACCCUUUACGAAGCGGCAACCCUAUCAGGCCGCCACCUCAACCUCGUCCAUGUUGGAUGUUUUCCUGCAGGACAAAGGCCUGCCUCCUUCCUCCUCUGUAUCCUCGUCUUCUUCCCUACCCCAACAAACAACAUCCUCACCCCAUGUGGCGCCUCCCCCUGCUUCCUCCCUUCCCAAAAUGGCAGUGGUCCCCUCUCUAGGUCAGCAAGCUUCUCCAAGUUCUUCAGAUGCCCAGGGUUCAAGUCCACUCCCUUUGCAGCAACACAAACUCAAACAACAGAAGAAGAGGACCUCCAUUACAACAAAGAUUCCAGCAAUGGCAGUGGAGAUGCCUGGCUCAACAGACAUCUCAGGCCUCAAUCUUCAGUUUGGAGCGCUGCAGUUUGGGUCAGAACCAGUUCUACCAGAGUAUGAGUCCACCCCUACCACCACGACACCAGCCAACCAGGUUCAGAACAGUCUGUACACAAGCCCCAAUAGUGAGUCGACUCCAGCUCUCUCAAACUCCAGCCAGAUGGACCUGUACGAUCAGAGAGCGUCUCAGACACGGCGCUACCCUCCCUCAGUCUCCUCCUCCCCCCAGAAGGAUAUGCAGCCCAAGAAUGGAUUCAGUUCAAUACAAGCAACGCAAUCUGUGGAAGCUGCAGCAGGCUCUGCAGUAUCAGUCAAGCCAACCUCUGAUUCAGUCACACCGGCAUCUGUCUCCAGCAUGGGCACUUUGCCGGACAAUGGCUCAGGCCCUGCCUCCUUGUUAACUACAUCCAAUCAGACGUCCCUUAGUGCUCUGGGGCACAGUGAAGACCUUCCUCCAAGCACCAUUCCCCCUCCUCAGCACAACAACUCUCACCCAUCACAACAGAACAGCCUUGCUCCAUCUUCAGUCCGGACAUCCAACUCAAGCUUACUGCAUCCCAGCGUAGACGGUGACUCAAGCCUGCACUCCUCCUCCUUCCCUUCAUCCGUCUCAGCCGUGCCGUCUUCAUCAGUCCCCUCCUCCUCUUCCUCUGUGGCUUCUGCUGCGCAAGUGUCCCUAGGGGCCCCUCAAGCCUCCUCGGUGGGCUCUGCCACAGUUUCAGCCCCAUCCGGCCUUGGCCCCGUCAACAGUCUGGCCAUGGGCCUCAACACUGCCUCCAUGGGUGCCCCAGCUGCAGCCACCACAGUUUCAGUCUCCACAACGGCUUCAACCAUUCCCUCUUCAGCUACUUCCUCAUCCACACGCAGUUCUGCAGCAUCCUCAGGGAAAGCACCUCCAAACCUGCCACCCGGAGUGCCCCCUCUUCUGCCCAACCCAUACAUCAUGGCCCCAGGACUACUGCACGCCUACCCUCCUCAGGUGUACGGCUAUGAUGACCUACAGAUGCUGCAGACAAGAAUACCGCUGGAUUAUUAUAGCAUCCCCUUUGCAACUCCCACAACAGCACUGACUGGCAGAGAAGGCAGCCUGACGAGCAACCCUUAUUCUGGCGACUUAUCAAAGUUUGGUCGAGGUGAUGCAUCAUCCCCGGCUCCAGCCACCACGUUAGCUCAGACACAACAGAACCAGACCCAGACACAUCACACCACACAGCAGACCUUCCUCAACCCGGCGCUGCCACCUGGCUACAGCUACACAAGCCUCCCAUACUACACUGGCAUGCCAGGCCUGCCCAAUACCUUCCAGUAUGGACCUGCUGUGUUUCCGGUGGCUCCUACCUCGUCAAAGCAGCACGGUGUGAAUGUCGGCGUCAAUGCAUCAGCCACACCUUUCCAGCAGGCUAGUGGCUAUGGUUCUCAUGGAUACAGCACUGGCUAUGAGGAUGUGGGCCAGGCUUCAGGGAGUGGGGAUUUCUGUAAGGGCGGAUACGGCACUGCCGUGGCCGCUGCCGCUUCUGCACAAAACAAGCCAGCCAGCUCUGUCACCGGGCCUGGAGUCGGAGUCUCUGUGACAUCAAGCAACACGGGGGUACCGGAUAUUUCAGGGUCUGUUUACACAAAGACGCAGUCAUUUGAGAAGCAGGGUUUCCACGCGGGCACGCCGGCAGCUUCGUUCAGCCUGCCCUCGGCUUUAGGGAGCGGGGGACCCAUCAACCCCCCGGCUGCUGCUGGCUACGCCCCAGCCCCAUUCAUGCACAUCCUGGCACCGCACCAACAACCGCAUUCUCAAAUUCUGCACCACCACCUGCAGCAGGACGGACAGAGCGGCACUGGACAGCGCAGCCAGAACGCCUCCAUUCAGCAGAAGUCUCAGAUCAACAAGUCAGCAUACAACAGCUACAACUGGGGGGCAAACUAACAUACACUGUCAGCCCCCCCCCCCUCCACCCAACCCACCCACCCACUUGUUGACAGAAGCUAGGAGGGGGCUCAUCACUCCUUCCGCAAACAGUCUCCACAUAUAAACUCCCUCUUCCCCCUGCAGAGAUUUCCCUCCCCAGUCUCUUGGCCCAGCAAUCCCGCAGCUCUGACCGCGGUCAGAGGAGGUGCUGUGCCGAGAGAACAAGCACUGUAACGAUGCAUGGAUGGGUGGGAGGGACAGGAGGGGCAUAGAAGAGAGGGGAGAUUGGAGCUAAAUGGUUAUAGAAAUACACCGUCGAGAGGUGAAAUAUUGAGUGUUGGGAAUUUGUAUCAAGUUAACCCCCGCCCCACCCCCUUUUCUUUCACUUGUAUGUAACAUAGAACUGUUUUCUAAAAGAAUGAACAUUUCCUGUGCUUUUUUUUUU